AUGUUUACAACACAAACAACGACGUGUCCCAUCACAAAUACAGAGGUGCCAUUAUUUAAUUUUGACAAUUUAAGAAUUGAAUCUCUAUCAAAUGAUAAUUUCGAUACAGGUCGACAACUUUGCAAAGAAAAACAACACCAAAUUUGUCUGAAUCUAAUAUCUAUGUUAGGAUUAUCACAAGGUAUCAGUGAAGAAAAAAUUUCAAAUAUUCUUUCUACAAAUUUAAAAACUUUUGAUUCUUUCGAGAAUGCAAUUGGUGUCGUAUUGAAUAAAAUUAUCAAAUAUACGUCAUCAAAUGUACAACAAGUAAACAAGAUUAAGGAGGAUGUAAUCGCAAGCAACAAGAAAAAAUCUCUAUCACCUAAUAAGGCGGAUCAACUAAAUCAAUCACCAAGUGCGGGAGGCGUGGUUCCUUUAGCGCAUGAAAGUGAUAAUGAAUUUUAUGAUAUGGAAAUACCUGAUGGAGACUUUAAUGUAAUAAGUAAGGAGGUUCAUGACGGAAAAAAUAACUCUACUAGUCAAGAUAAUGUGAUUGAUUCUAAAUUUGAUAAAGAGGAUAAUGUUGAACUUGAUGAAAGUUUUUUAAUUGAGAAAAAGCAUGAUCCUGUAAAUGCGGGAUGUAAUCGCGAGGAAGAAAGAUCAUUUUGGAUUUGCAAUGCUGCCGGAAUUACUAAACCUGAAUAUUUAGAUGGUUCAAAUGCGGAAAGUCUUCUUAUUACGAAUGUUAAUUUAAAUUCUCAAAGUGAUGGAAUUGAUUCACUACCAAGAUUUAAAAUAUUUAGUGGACAUUUACAAGCAGCAGAGUUUAAAAAUCAUGUUAGAUCACUCGGGUUACCAUCAUUACCAGAAAUUCGUGAUAUUAAUAUUCGUAAAAUAGCCAAAGGAAGAGAAAAGUACAGAGGACAUUGGAAACGUUAUGAAUAUUUAGGAAAUUAUGUGCUUAAAUUAUCCACUUUGAGAAUUGUUCUAGAAUACUUUAUGAAACCUUUAAACCAUUCGUUAGAGAGUAUUAUUGACUUUUUAAAUAGUAGAAUACUAUUCGUUGCUUAUUGUAUAUGUCUAAAUUUACAUGAAGAUAAUAACAUACCCCAAGACGCUCAUUAUAAGAUAUAUGCUGAUGCAUAUAUAGCCUUCUUUGGCGGACUUUAUUUGGAUCAAGGUGAAGAAGUGGUAACUGAAUAUCUUACAGAGUUAAUGACGCCUUUAUUGUGUAAUCUGACUGAUUAUCAACAUAAUGAUAUCGAGUCGCAACCACUCAAUAUCCAAACGAUGAGACAAUUAGCUGCCAGAUACUUUAACUUGGAAUGGCUUAUUUGGAUUAUUUAA